GAGGUCGAGAUCCAUCCACCCAUGACUUGACUUUUUCGCCGGAAGUUGGUAGCCGUAAGACUGGCCCGCGAUUGCGCAUAAUUUUGUCAAUGUUUGAAGCGUUUAGUGGGCGGAGUGAAUUUGCAUUACUCGCAGACCUUUCAGCUCUCAUUAAAUAUGGCCAAGGCUGGCGUUCGGGGUCCUCAAGGCGCCAUAGUUAUAUUUGACUCUAAUUAGAACUGCAGGAAAAAUAAUAAGUUAUCGUUGGGCGAGGGGUUUUCCGUGAUAGGCUGUGAGUUUAAGUUUUUGGUGCACCUUUAGGCUUGUUUUUCUUCUAGGCUUAUUAUUCGGCUUGGCUGCUCAUAAAACAACCAAAUGAUUAACCGACACGCCGCAUUGCACAAACGUCUCGUCGCCAGAGCUACAUCCGGAGCACGCAAGUGUAUAAAAUUGUUUUGGUUUUAUGAUUUAUCUAACACGUAUUACAAAGGAACGUUAUACAUCGUCUCUUUAUGCUGGAUUUUGUAUCCAAAACUCAAAGCUUUUCCACAAUGCUAUGAAGGAGAACAUAUUUUCCACCUUUAUUUGUAUAUUUAGUCCCUGUGCUGAGGUGGAAGUAACACAUCCCUGGUUAUAACAUAUAAUAUCUAGCUUUGCCUUUUGCUAAGCGGUUGCUCACAGCGGGGCCCCAAAGACAUCUUCGCUGCGGUAGGCAAAUGCUUAUUUUACCUAUGCCCCGACAUUUGAAAUUGCUUGAAAGCUGAUUUUAUUUAGCAUAUACCGAAUUCAGCUCGUACAACAACGGUAAAUCAUAAAAAAAAAAUGUAUACCCAAGCCAAAUGGGUGCCUCAGUUGCGUUUUACAGUCACAUCGCCGAAUAUAAUACACAAAAACACUCUAAUGGAAUAAAUGAAGGUAAAAAAAACAUAUUGUGUAUAAUUGAUUGAGGUCAAUUGACGACAUUGGGGGGCGUGUCUGGACAGUCAAGUUUAAUCAUUUCUCUUGUUGAUGGCUGUUUCCUGCCCAGUGAUCCCAUGGGAUUCCCUGCUAAAGGAAAUUGCUUGUCUGCGACUAGCAAAAUUUAAGUUUUUCGCAUUUUCUUGUGAAAAAACUAUCCAGAAGUUUGGUACAGAAAAGAAAAUGUUUCCUGAUUAAGAAAUAAUAUGACAUUUUCUUUGUUGUUUCCAGCAGCUAUUUGACGUUUUCGGACACUAAUUUUAGUUGACCCGCGAAGUGCAUCUUAUGAUUGUAGUGGACAAGAUAAUGAAGUAAUGAAAAAGGAGACUUUUGACUUUAACUUUAACAAGCUGCCCAAAACUGUCAAACCCAUACGCUAGAAUCGAUUUGCCAAAAAACGUUUGCCACUCCCAGUCUAACGCCGCCUAAAAGUGAAUAAUUUUUUAACACUUUAUUAUUUUAUUCCCAAUUGUUAUGAAUAUGGCAGUAAUUAGAUGGUGACUUUUUUUGGCAGCUUGUGAGUACCAGAGUUGACAUGGCUUAAAUGAUUAAGGCAUUACGAUAGAAAUAAUACAAUUAAAAAAUUGAAAACUUCUUAAAUCGAUAUACCUUCUGCGAUGGUGCGAUAUAUGAGCUCCGGUCAAGACAACAAACACCAACAGCAGUUAAAGAGCCUGAUUCCAUAAAGCUCUCGGGAAUGCACUUUCACUUAGCCUGGUUGAUUAGAUUUUCCAAAAAUAGUCCCACGAGCUGGAACUUGAUGGAAUUCCAUUUGGCGAAUGGGAGGCACGCACUCGUAGGCCACAAUCAAAAUAAAUAAAUAACGAAAACGGAAUCAAUGGCAGCUCACCAAAUGGCAACGAUAGCUAGUAUCGAAACGAAAUUGAAACAACAUCGGGAUAACAAAAAUGCGCGCGGAGAUGGUUGGACCCAUCGCCACCCUCGCAAGCUGACAGCAAGUCUGAUAAACCCGCCUUAGAGUCUGUCUUAGUCGGGCGUCAGGCCCUGCUUUCUUUUAGGAUAAACGCAUUGCGACUUGAAAGUAUUUGCUUCCGCACGAAUGUUUUUGUAUUAGUGGGAUUGCGGGUCCGGAAACGGCAGCUGAACGCCGGGCGGGCGUGAAAGAUAAUCACGGCGGAAGGCUUCCGGCGCCAACUGGCGAAAGUCGUGCAGAAGCUGACGGACAACCGCACCAGAGAGCUCAGUGGUCACGACCAAACACAAUGUGCAAAAUAAAACACGAGCCCGUGGCAACACCAGCAGCAACAUCAUCGACAUAAGCACAGAGGCCCAGACAGAACCUGCAGCUUUCGACGGACUGCGGCAGACCCACGGAAACGGGAGUGACCAAAGCGAGGCCAUAAAACGAUACGCAUAGAAACAGUAUUGAGAGCAAUAGCAACCCCCCCUUGCACAUGUACGCCGCCCUGAUGGACGUGGGGCAGACGUUGGCAGCCAGACUAGCGGAUGGCGAAGGCAACGGGGCCAACGACAGCGAACUCCUGGCAACGGGACAAGGUCUGGAGCAGGAGGGCCCGGCACAGGGUAUGGGCCACAACGCCAGCGCCGACGGCGGAAUAAUACCGUAUGUGCCCGUGCUGGACCGCCCGGAGACUUACAUUGUCACCGUGCUGUACACGCUUAUCUUCAUUGUGGGAGUUUUGGGCAACGGCACGCUGGUCAUCAUCUUCUUUCGCCACCGCUCCAUGCGCAACAUACCCAACACAUACAUUCUCUCACUGGCCCUAGCUGAUCUGUUGGUUAUACUGGUGUGUGUACCAGUGGCCACGAUUGUCUACACGCAGGAAAGCUGGCCCUUUGAGCGGAACAUGUGCCGCAUCAGCGAGUUCUUCAAGGACAUAUCCAUCGGGGUGUCCGUGUUUACACUGACCGCCCUUUCCGGCGAGCGGUACUGCGCCAUUGUAAAUCCCCUACGCAAGCUUCAGACCAAGCCGCUCACUGUAUUUACAGCUGUGAUGAUCUGGAUCCUGGCCAUCUUACUGGGCAUGCCUUCGGUUCUGUUCUCGGACAUCAAGUCGUACCCUGUUUUCACAGCCACCGGUAACAUGACCAUUGAAGUGUGCUCCCCAUUUCGCGACCCGGAGUAUGCAAAGUUCAUGGUGGCGGGCAAGGCACUGGUGUAUUACCUGUUGCCGCUGUCCAUCAUCGGAGCACUCUACAUCAUGAUGGCCAAGCGGCUUCAUAUGAGCGCCCGUAACAUGCCCGGCGAGCAGCAGAGCAUGCAGAGCCGCACCCAGGCAAGAGCCCGUCUUCAUGUUGCGCGCAUGGUGGUAGCAUUCGUGGUGGUGUUCUUUAUUUGCUUCUUCCCGUACCACGUGUUUGAGCUGUGGUACCACUUCUACCCAACGGCAGAGGAGGACUUCGAUGAGUUCUGGAACGUGCUGCGCAUCGUUGGAUUUUGCACGAGCUUCCUCAACUCGUGCGUCAACCCUGUGGCCCUCUACUGUGUGUCCGGGGUGUUUCGGCAGCACUUUAAUCGCUACCUCUGCUGCAUCUGCGUCAAACGUCAGCCGCACCUGCGGCAGCACUCAACGGCCACUGGAAUGAUGGACAAUACCAGUGUGAUGUCUAUGCGCCGCUCGACCUACGUGGGGGGAACCGCUGGCAAUCUGCGGGCCUCGCUGCACAGGAACAGCAAUCACGGAGUCUCUGGCGCUGGAGGAGGAGGAGGGUCAGGUCGUGUGGGCAGUUUUCAUCGGCAGGACUCGAUGCCCCUGCAGCACGGAAAUGCCCACGGAGCUGGUGCAAGCGGGGGAUCCUCCGGACUCGGUACCGCCGGGAGGACGGCGUCUGUGAGCGAAAAGAGGUGAGGCACGAUUAUUGUAGAGCUGCUGGAGGAGGAGGAGGUGGUGGUAUCCUUGCAGGCCGACGACCAGCUCUGAGCGAAAACAAUUGGCCUUUGAUCUCACUGCGUGCUCGCACCACUUGCAUUUCAAAUCUCGCACUCUGCACUCUUCACAAUCCCCUGGUAUUUUUCAGCGCGGCUGGACUAUUCAGCAAAAAUUGCCUCCGUGCAACGUUCAAUAGGUUAAAAAAUGAUUACUUUUAGCGAAUUUGCAUCAUUUAGUAUUUACUUGAACUCUUGUUAUGGCUAGAUAAGGAAUAAGGAAUGGAUUGGGAAACAAUAGCUUAUUACUAAACUUCAUGUCGCUGUAUAUAUACAUAUGUAUAUAUUUACCAAGCAAAACUUUUGCGCAUAAUUCCACAUUCAAUGUUAUGUUAUGGUAUCCUAUAUUAUGGGUUAAUUAAGUAUAAUUAUAAUAUAAUUAAUAAUAAUUAUCAGGUUGGGAUUAAAUAUAACUCGUUAUUACCUGCCUCAGUGCGAUAGUGUUAUAAAAGCCACGGAGCUAGGAACCUAGCUCAUUUCCGAAGUAUAAAUUGAAUAUAUCAAUACGCUAAGUGGAUUUCAGAAUAAGAUUAAUGUAAAUAAAUGGAUAUCAUAAAUGUAAAGAGCUUGUAUAUUAUGCGGCAUUUUUGUAGCCGAAGUCUUUUGGAUCGUGGAGCGUUAAGGAAACCAGGUAUGGGCUUGCACAUAUGUAUGUACUGCACUUAAUGUGCAAUCUGCUUAGGUAUUUUUCAACCAUAUUUUGGCUAAUUUAUAAUUUGUUUUGUUUUCAGCUUUAUAAAUUUUUACGAAUGUGGCGGAAUGCGCUACUAAAUAAAUUGAGGUACCGAAGAAAACCCCUAAAAACCAGGAAACGGGCAACCCAUCAUACAAAGACUACGGAUAAGUUCGAUUUAAUAUUGAUAUUAUAAAUGUAAUUCGAAAUCAAAAAUAAAUCAAUAUUGAAUGUAUUGAAGACUUAUCACCAA